AUGGCGACCGGUGGUAGCAGCAGCCCCAAGCCAGACGUCGUCGUUGGGGGGAAAUAUAAACUGGUACGAAAGAUCGGGGCCGGGUCCUUCGGGGAUGUGUAUCUGGCGCUUAACUUAACCAAUGGCGAGGGAGUGGCGGUAAAGGUAGAAUCUCAGAGGGCCACUCAUGCCCAGUUGCUAUAUGAGAGUAAACUCUAUAAGGUUCUUCGUGGUGGUGUUGGCAUACCUCGCAUAUGGUGGUACGGUCAAGAAAAAGAUUACAAUGUGCUAGUCAUGGAUCUUCUUGGACCUAGCCUCGAAGACCUCUUUAAUUUUUGUUCAAGAAGUUUCACCAUGAAGACUAUACUUAUGUUAGCUGACCAAAUGAUCAGUAGACUUGAAUAUGUCCACUCAAAGAAUUUUAUUCACAGAGACAUUAAACCAAAUAACUUUGUAAUGGGUACUGGGCGUUAUUGUAAUACAGUAUUCCUUAUUGAUUUUGGCUUGGCCAAAAGAUACAGAGACAAAAAGACAAAGCAACACAUACCAUACAAAGAAGAAAAAAGUCUCACUGGCACUAUCCAUUAUGCUAGCCUCAAUGCACAUCUUGGUAUUGAACAGAGUCGCAGAGAUGACCUUGAGUCAUUAGGGUAUGUUUUGAUGUACUUUAAUAGAAAUACCCUGCCGUGGCAAGGAGUCAAGGCUGCCACAAAGAAACAAAAAUAUGAAAAGGUUAGUGAAAAAAAGAUGUCCAUCCCUGUUGAACAGUUAUGCAGCGGGUUUCCUGAAGAAUUUGCUAUGUACUUAAACUAUUGUCGUGGGCUUGGCUUUGAGGAAACUCCAGAUUACAAAUACCUGAGGCAGCUAUUUCUCAAUCUUUUACGCACCCUGAAGGAACAAGGUGACAGCAGAUUUGACUGGACAGUUUUAAAGCAGAGAGCAACACAGCAGGCAGCCCUUUUAAGGCAGGCUCAGGCUGCCAGUGGUGUCCAAGCCACCAGUGGUGUCCAAGCACCUAGGCAGUAA